AUGGGAUGCAUUUCAUCAAAUAUUAAAGAAGAUGCUAAAGACACUGUUUUGGGUAGUGUCGUAGGUGAAGGAAUUGCCCGUCCACUUGUAGGAGACAUUCUUGAUGCAAAUCUGGAGAUAGAAUUUGAGGUCUCAAUGGGUCGUAUGAAAUGUGUAUGUACAAGCAUUUCAAGUGAUAGUGAACAAAAUGAAGAGGAAACAAAUGUUAGCAACAGGAACAAAAUUUUAUGGACAAAUGUGGACGUCAUUAAUGAUUCUCGCCAAGUUGAUCGAUCUUAUUCAGGUGUACCAAUUGUAUAUAUUUCAAAUAUUGAACAUGCAUCACCAAGAUAA